AGCCCCUCGACUCCAGAAACCUCGAGGCCUCUCCAAUCAUGAGAUGCAGCUACAAGCUGCUCUCUGUUGUUUUUCCUGCUUCUGCAGCUUUUUCACAGUAUCGGUUCCCUCUGCAUAGCUUUGCAUCUGCCAUUCCAGGGGUUGUGCCAGGAUCUUGCGGACGACAGCUGCUGCGCAUUGCCUGUGUAGCGUCACACUGACGGAAGAGGCAAACCCGUGCAUCAUUCAACCUGCUGUGAGACACACGCGUCAGCUGUCAAGGGACACACGAUCGAUGUUACAGCGACACGCGCGUUGAGUAUCAUCAUAUGGCUGAUAACUGGUUGAUAUUGUGACGAUCUGAUAUACGCAGACAUUCUUUGAAACGACGGUGGAAUCAAGACAGGCCUACGUAAACCUGCCCUCACUGCUGUGUAUAAAUCGGCCUCAACUCCUCCCACUAUUCCCGGGAACAGAAUCCCAAACUCCAUCAACCAAUUCCCACACAGACUCAACAACCAGCCUCAACCCCAUCAAAACAGACAGGCAGACACACAGCUCCCGUCCAAAAUGGAAGCCAUCCUCCAGGCCCAGGCAAAGUUCAGGCUCGACCGCGGCCUCCAGAAAAUCACCGCCGUGCGCAACAAGAACUACAAGCGUCACGGCCCCAAGUCCUACGUCUACCUCCUCAACCGCUUUGGCUUCGAGCCCACCAAGCCCGGCCCUUACUUCCAGCAGCACCGCAUCCACCAGCGCGGCCUCGCCCACCCAGACUUCAAGGCCGCCGUCGGCGGGAGAGUCACGAGGCAGAAGGUGCUCGCCAAGAAGGUCAAGGAGGAUGGGACGGUCGAUGCGGGCGGCAGUAAGACGGGAGAGGUCGAUGCUGAGGACCAGCAGAAUGACUCUGAAUACCUUUGCGAGGUGACCAUCGGAACUCCUGGGCAGAAGCUUAUGCUCGACUUUGACACCGGCUCAUCCGAUCUCUGGGUCUUCUCUACAGAACUGAGCAAGCAUCUUCAAGAAAACCACGCCAUCUUCGACCCCAAAAAGUCGUCCACGUUCAAGCCCCUAAAGGACCAGACAUGGCAAAUCUCCUACGGCGACGGCAGCUCCGCCUCGGGCACCUGCGGCUCCGACACCGUCACCCUCGGCGGUCUCUCCAUCAAGAACCAGACCAUUGAACUCGCCUCCAAGCUCGCGCCCCAGUUCGCCCAGGGCACCGGCGAUGGCCUCCUCGGUCUCGCCUGGCCGCAGAUCAACACCGUCCAGACGGACGGCCGCCCGACGCCCGCCAACACGCCCGUCGCCAACAUGAUCCAGCAGGACGAUAUCCCCAGCGACGCCCAGCUCUUUACCGCCGCCUUCUACAGCGAGCGCGACGAAAACGCAGAGUCUUUCUACACCUUUGGCUACAUCGACCAGGACCUCGUGUCCGCCUCGGGCCAGGAGAUUGCCUGGACGGAUGUCGACAACUCGCAGGGCUUCUGGAUGUUCCCUUCCACUAAGACUACCAUCAACGGCAAGGACAUUUCUCAGGAGGGUAACACCGCCAUUGCCGACACUGGAACCACCCUCGCUCUGGUCUCCGACGAGGUCUGCGAGGCGCUGUACAAGGCCAUCCCUGGCGCCAAGUACGACGAUAACCAGCAGGGCUACGUCUUCCCCAUCAACACCGAUGCUUCGAGUCUGCCCGAGCUCAAGGUCUCGGUUGGAAACACGCAGUUUGUCAUCCAGCCCGAGGACCUGGCUUUUGCUCCUGCGGACGACAGCAACUGGUACGGCGGUGUUCAGUCGAGGGGAAGCAACCCCUUUGACAUUCUGGGUGACGUAUUCCUCAAGUCGGUCUAUGCGAUCUUUGAUCAGGGCAACCAGCGAUUCGGCGCAGUCCCCAAGAUCCAGGCAAAGCAGAACCUGCAGCCCCCCCAGUAAACACCCCAACUCGUCUUAUGCCUUCUCGUACCUUUAGCUCAAUAGCGAAUGUGGAAUGCCCCGUCAAUUUAAUGAACUGCUAUAUAAUAAACCC